AUGGCAUGCCGAUGGCGCGCUGACGAGCUCCGUGUCCUGGUGAUUGGUGCAGGCUUAGGCACGAACGCAGGCUUGGGCCUCGAGGUGCCUUUACAACACGGGAAGCUUCUGACGGAUGGCUCUGGUGGUGUGGUGGAGAUCUCACCAGAGGUACGGCGUAAGCGAGUGCUGGAUCCAGGCUUUCCUGGUUUCAUGGGUGAGGAGUUCCGGUAUCUUUGGGAAGGUCCGGAGGGUUACCUUGGAAAUGCUGGCUUCAUCUAUGGGGUUCUGCUGACAGAUCCCAAACUUCAGGUUGACAUGUUGCAGCAUCCAGUGACAGAGGCUGACAAGCGUGCAGUGCGUGAGGCGGCCUCCCAAGCAGAGGAGGUCAGUGGAGCUAUGUCUGCUGAAGCAGCUAGCUUACGCUUGAUCGGCGGUAGCCACAGCUACGCUUCUUCAAUCGCAAAUCUGGUAAAUAGCAGCAGGUAUCAAGUGGUGCUGGCCGCAUCCAAAGGAAUCACUCAGCUGUUGUUGGCAGUGUCGUGGAUCUCAUGCCCAGUGGCCAUGGUGUUGCUGAAUGGUGCGGAGCCGCCUGUGGCCAUGGAUGUCGGUGCGAUUGGAGGAGAUUGGGGCCCGGACUUUGCAGAGCUAGGCAGACAGUUUUUGGCCCAUCCCAAGGUUCCACGUCUUGUCCUCACCAGCCAUGGAGCGGAAGUGUCCGCGCAGCUGCGAAAGGCUGCGGUAAGACUGGCACAAGAAGACUCCUGUAUGUACACUGCUGCUUGUGUCUCACAGCGUCUUGCAUUAUAUUCAUCCUUGGAUCACCGCUGCGUGCCAAACAGAGAGAACCAUUCACUGCCAUGGUCGUUAACUUUCCCUUGUGAGUGUUGGCAUGAAGGCUUUGGGAAGCCGCCGCGGUUGGUUUCCUCGGACGGCACAACAGCCAAGUCGAACGAGUCUAAAUUGCCACCGCUGCUGUGCUUGCUUCAUUGGGCUGCUGGAGGCUCCGACCAACUGUUGUCUCUUCCACAAUUUCCAGGGCCACAGCGUUUCGCGCAGAUGUUCGUUGAGACUAUCGGUUUGCCCAGUGGAGGUGGCAGAUUCUCUCUAGCGACGACGAAACCUUCAUUGGCAGUUGAUAAUCUCGAAGCGGUUGCCAAAAGCUCCAGAAUGCAGGACGCGGACGGGGAUAUCUACGAUAUUUUCUUUGAUGCACAGGCCUGGGAGAUGCAAGUGGUAUUGAAAAGCGUGAAGAGCGGGUCUCAAACACCUGUCUCCAAGAUCUUGGAGAAGGAAGGUCAGUAUGCCACCCGGCGCAUUCGGUUUUUCAGGUACUACGAGGAAAAAUCGCGUAAGAUCUCUGCUGAUGGCGAUAUUGAUGAGAAGAUGCAGUGGUCACAGCACAUGAUUCACGAACUACUCGCCAUGCGCUUUGCCUGGAACAAUGGACAGAACAAAAAUCUCGGAAACUUCCUUUGGACUGGCUUCAUGACCCCAGCUACUGCAGUGCCUCGCUUUGGCUCGGACCUCAUGGAGCUGGUCGUCGAGGUGGAACUGGCUCGCCUUGGUGGGGCCUAUCGUGGCUAUAGCCGUGGGCUGUUGGAUGCGGAGCAUCGUUUGAAGGGACAGUACUCGUUGCUCGGUGAUUGUUUGGAUCAGUUUAUAUGUGAUCGAGCUGCAUUACUGAAGCAGCAGCGCAUGGCAGACUUCAAUGCGUCAAAUUGCACCGGUGAAAAGAGUGUCCUGCAAUUUCAAGAAGCUGAGGAUCAAUACUUCAAGAGUCAUUGUGUGAAAGAGCUGGAUGGCUAUGUUCGGCGCGAGCUGACCAUUGAUCACAACAUCCCACACAGUGAGGUGCAGCAGAAGAUCCUCCAUUCUCUUGCGGAACUGGGCAUGGCCAAAGACCUCUACGCUUGCAUGGGGAGCUUUGGGCACAGCAGCAAUUUCAGGUUCUUUGUGGAUGGUAAGGCUUGGUUCUCAGCUGGCUGUGAGCAGCAGGACUUUGUCUUUGUUGAGCAGAUGGUGAGGCGGGAACUUUCCAAAGUGCAAGAGGAGAGGAUGUUAUCAUUUUUGACGGUUCAUGAGGAGAUAACCCAGUACUUGGAGCUACCGCGUGGCAUUUGUCCGCCGGAUUUCUUCCAGCGAAAUGGAUACCAGGUGGUUGCCUACCGAAAGUUUGGAAAUGCUGGGUGCCAGUUCCUCCGCACAGAGGGUGCAUGGCAAGGCUUUUCCAACGAACCCCCAGUGAUGACAUCUUCCCAGAUGUGGAUUCCUGGCUUUGGGCCGGCAGAACCGAGAUCCAAAAUCUUUGGGCAUUUUGAGGAGCUCCCUUUUGGGGAGAUUGGCCGUGGUGGGACUACUGGACGCAUGUAUUUCUACGACACCAAGGUGAGACAUCGAUCAAACCCUCGGGAAGCUGCACUUUGGGCAGCUGUCCAGGCAAAUCAAGCGUCCUGGUGGGAACCGCAACUUUACACUUUGACAGCGCAGGAUCUUCAACUAGCUGCACUGGAGGAGUCCGAAGAGUCUUUGAACUUCUCCUGCCAGGAGGAGUUCUUGAAACUUUUGCUGCGAAACGUGUUUGAGCAAGAACUUGCAAAUGCAAGGAAUUUAUGGUUGGCGGGCAUCCAACAGGAUGGUGUGCGCAAAUCUUCACGUAACUUCCCACUGUUGGGGUCCAUGCAGGCGCUGGACCCAUACCUAGAGGAAGCAAUGACUGCCUUGGUGAAAGUGAAUAUUGCCAUGCAAGAGAAAAAGGCUGGGAGUAGCUUUAGCAUGGGGCCAACAAAUGCCAAACGAGUCAUGGCAACUGGCAACUUCUCCGUUGAGUGCCGAGAGGACAUAUGUCGCGCGCUUCUCGAGCUGAAUACCGAGAUGUCAACACCAGCAAUUAAGAAAAGGCAUGCGGUAUCAUUGAUGAAUCGUUCUCUCAGAUCAUGUGCUGACUUUGCGAAUGCCCAACAUCGCGCUGCUAAAGAAGCAUUCCACCAUGCCGCUCAGCGAGCAGUGAGUGAGCUUACAGUGGAGUUUUCUGUCGCUGUGGGACUGGACCCAAGUACUUCGAACGCUUCGAAGCUCGUGCAGGGCUUCCGAGAAAGAUUGGCCAAGGGCAUCUCCUGCUACAAUACCUUCACUGAACUGCAGACGGAGGUAAAUGCAAUCUCCAACUUGCUUAGAUCCGCUUAG